AUGAAACUUCUCAGUUAUAUUUUGGUUUAUCGCCGGCUUCUCCUCGUGGUUUUCGCUCUGUUGGUUUUACUGCCUCUGCCUAUCGUUCUCCACACCAAGGAAGCAGAAUGUGCCUACACCCUCUUCGUGGUGGCCAUACUUUGGCUCACAGAGUCUUUGCCUCUGUCAGUAACAGCUUUGCUGCCUGGCUUAUUAUUCCCCAUGUUUGGGAUCAUGUCUUCUAAGGAGGUGGCAUCGGCUUAUUUCAAAGAUUUUCACCUACUGCUGAUUGGAGUCAUCUGUUUAGCUACAUCAAUAGAAAAAUGGAAUUUGCAUAAAAGGAUUGCCCUGAGAAUGGUGAUGAUGGUGGGUGUGGAGCCUGCAUGGCUGACCCUGGGGUUCAUGAGCAGCACCGCCUUCUUAUCUAUGUGGCUUAGCAACACUUCCACUACUGCCAUGGUGAUGCCCAUCGUGGAGGCUGUGGCACAGCAGAUCAUCAGUGCUGAGGCAGAGGUCGAGGCCACGCAGAUGACUUAUUUUACUGGAUCUACCAACCAUUCACUGGAAAUUGAUGAAAGUGUUAAUGGACAUGAAGUAAAUGAGAGCAAAGAGCAAACAAAACAAGUUCCCAGAGACAGUAAUGAUACAGGGAAAAGUCCAAGCAAGAUGGAGUUAGACAAGAACUCAAGCACAGGAACCAAAUACCGAACAGCGAGGAACCACAUGAUGUGUAAACUAAUGUGUUUAUGCAUUACUUACUCUUCCACCAUUGGUGGACUGUCAACUAUCACUGGGACCUCCACCAACCUGAUCUUUGCUGAGCAUUUCAAUACACGCUAUCCUGACUGCCGUUGCAUCAACUUUGGAUCGUGGUUUAUAUUAUCCUUUCCAGCUACUGUUAUCAUUUUACUCUUGUCCUGGAUCUGGCUUCAGUGGCUUUUCCUAGGAUUCAAUUUCAAGGAGAUGUUCAAAUGUGGCAAAACCAAAACAUUGCAACAAAAGGCUUGUGCCGAGGUGAUUAAGAAAGAAUACCUAAAACUCGGGCCAAUGAGGUAUCAAGAAAUUGUGACCUUAGUCCUCUUCAUCAUCAUGGCCCUGCUGUGGUUUGGCCGAGACCCUGGGUUUGCUCCUGGUUGGGCCGUGCUUUUUUCAGAGACCCCUGGCUUUAUCACGGACUCAACUGUUGCCUUGCUUGUAGGACUCCUAUUUUUUCUUAUCCCGGCCAAGAGAUUGACCAAAACUAAACCUACAGGAGAAAUUGUUGCUGUUGAUUACUCUCCACUGAUUACUUGGAAAGAAUUUCAGUCAUUCAUGCCCUGGGAUAUAGCCAUUCUCGUUGGUGGAGGGUUUGCCCUGGCAGAUGGCUGUGAGGUGUCAGGACUAUCUCAGUGGAUAGGAAAUAAAUUAUCUCCUUUGGGUUCAUUACCAGUAUGGCUAAUAAUUCUAAUAACUUCUUUGAUGGUCACAACUUUAACAGAGGUAGCCAGCAAUCCAGCCACCAUCACCCUCCUUCUCCCGAUAUUAUCUCCUUUGGCUGAGGCCAUUGAAGUGAACCCUCUGUUAAUCUUGAUACCUUCUACUCUCUGUACCUCAUUUGCAUUCCUCCUACCAGUAGCAAAUCCACCCAACGCUAUUGUCUUUUCAUAUGGUCACCUGAAAGUCAUUGACAUGGUUAAAGCUGGACUUGGUGUUAAUAUUAUUGGUGUUGCUGUGGUGAUGCUUGGCAUGGCUACCUGGAUCACACCCAUAUUUGACCUCAACACUUAUCCUUCUUGGGCUCCUGCAAUUAGAAAUGAGACCAUGCCAUGA